AUGGAAACCGUAGCCAUCACGGGCGGUUGCGGCGUGGUGGGACGAUUCGUGGCUCGUCGGCUCUGCGAGAAUGCAAAUGUCGAAGAGAUCCGGAUUAUUGACCGCAGCGCAGAGAGGCCAGAAUCUCACCCCAAAAUCCGCUACAUCCAACUGGACCUCACCGGAAAUGAUGCCGACCUGGACCGAGCUCUUCAAGGAGUUACCGCCGUUGUACAUACAGCGAAGGCUGACCUGCCGCUCAUCUACCAGAGCAAGGAGGACCUCACCCAGAUGUGGAUGGACAAUGUUGAUGCCACCGAGCGCCUCAUCGAGCGGAUGCUAGCCAAAAAGAUCCGACGACUUGUUUAUGUUGGUGAUGCCUAUUCAGCGCUCCCAGUUGAUGACAAUUUUGGGUUGUCUGAGGAUAUUCACAGGGGCCUCCCUAGCAGUUUUCUACUCGGUGAAUGGGGUGAAUCCAGAACUCGAGCCGAACUUUUGGCUAGGAAAGCUGCUGAAAAAGAUAACUCUCUCGACGCAAUUUUCCUCCGCCCCACGUGGGUCUACUCCGAGAUUCCGUCUUCUUUCUGGAAGGGGUUAAAACGCCUGGUGGAUUCAGAUCAGCUACCGUAUACUCCUGGACCUAGACGUGGUCUUCAUCAAUUUAUGUACGCCGGAAACCUGGCAAAAACGAUCGAGGACUGCGUCUUCUUUCUGAAGGCCGACCCUCAGAAAUAUUCAAAUGAGCUCGUCUACCUUACCGAUAACACCUAUGUCGCUUCAUUUAUUGAUUUCCUCAAGGAGCGAACUGGUGGCGAGCACCUCAGCCAGGAGACACCGUUCUGGACGGCAUUUUUCAGAACGCUCUAUCCUCAUUUAUCGAGGGCUUGUGGGAUGCCCCAAGAAGGCCGCCUUCACUUCCACACGUGGCGCGCCAUCUUCGAGAAGGUUAUCGGAUUUUGCGACAAGAAGGCGCGGCUCUUGCUCAAUUUCAAGCCUGAGACCCCGCCCGCCGUCGCCAUGGCACGCUCGCUGGAGAUGUUCAAGGAGAAGGCAAUCAUUGUCGACCUACCCAUCCACAAGAAGCUCGGUGUGCAGCGGUCCCUCCGUCGUGGAGCCUAUGCC